UGCUGUCUCCAGGGAGACCACAACUGCCUCCCAGGGAACCAGAGAGGCUAGCUCUCACCUCCAAGAAACUGAAGUGGGCAAACAACGAAAGGCCCUCCGGUUGUCAUGAGCCUGCUGCAAAAAACAGACUCAGAAAGUGGACCAUCCUUUGCCUAAGAUCCAACAUCUCUGAAAGCACAUUCUUAAAUACCAACACUAUGCCAGCUUCCACUUUCACCCCAAUUCACUGACUUCAGCCCCAAGGAUUCUAGAGCUUGCCAGUGGUGCUUGUCCGGACUCUUUCAUAACACUUUGAGAAAAUCACAUCAGUAGAGAAAAUGUUGAGCCAGCAUCCACCAAGGUUGGACCGUAGAAUCAGUGGCCUAAACGAUCGUUGGCGCUUCCCAAGAGAGCCUUACCUAGGAGACCUGCUGGGGCUCUCCCAGUUGUCUAGAGCGACAGGAGUAGAUAUCGACAAUGAGCUGAAGAUAAUGGACAGGUUACAUAUUCCACAACUUCAGAAAAUCUUAACUGGUGCAAUCAAAACAAAACCCAAACACGGCACUGUGGCAGAUGUGACACUUGACUGCAUGGGCUUCAAAUGGGAACUCCAUCAACCUCAGCUCUUCCAUUCAGGGACCCUAACCAAGCUCUACAUAUUUGCCCUGUCCCAGAAGAACACAGACCCCCUGAAAGAACUGGAGAAACUUCUGAGAGCUGAAUCACCCAAAGAACAACCAAAAAUGUCUCCAGUAAAGAAGAUAACCAUUUCCUUGAAGAUUAAUGAUCCUUUAGUCACUAAAACUGCCUUUGCCACGGCCCUGAAGAGUUUAUACACCAAUGAGACAGAAGUGCACAUGGAGGAUGUCCUGGGAGUUUUGGCAUCUGCAAACAUUCUUCAGUUCCCUACUCUGUUUAAAAAGUGUGUGUCCUUGAUGAAGGAUGGAAUUUCUCCUUGUACCAUUCAGACCUAUUACUUGGCUGCCUGCAAGUACAAGGAAGAGUUACUGAUCACGGCCUGUGAGAAGUGGCUAGAAAUGAACUUGGUUCCCCUGAUCGGGAAGCAGAUUUAUCUCCGGACAGUACCACAAGAGCUUCUCCAGAAAGUGCUCAAGUCCCACAGACUGUUUACUUUCAGUGAGUUUGAUCUUCUAAAAACAACACUAUACUGGGUCUACCUCCAACUAAACCUCAGACUUCAGUCAAUUCCAAUCUAUGAGGCUGUCCUGGCAUUUUUUAACAGCUUCCCCAAGAAAUGUCCUUUUUUGGAACGGGAACUGGGACAGAAAUUCCUGCCUGUAUUUCAUUGCUUACGUCUACAUGGUAUCACUAAAAGCAAGGACCUGGAGGAUAUAAAGUACAUUAACUUCUUCCCUGAGGCACGGAUAGUCCGAAUUUUAGCCAACCACUACCGUUCGCUUGAGAGUGGUGGAGACAUGUUUCACGUGAAAGAUCUUUCUACACAAGCUAUAAGAUUUGGUCUCCUAAUUAAUCAGGAAAACAAGAUUUACUCAGAAAUGAUUGGUGUGUAUGGAUUCUUCUUCGAAAUUAAGGGAAUCAAACAUGGUGACUCCUCUUAUAGUUUUUACAUGCAGAGAAUCAAAUACUCAGACACGAACUUACCCACCAUCGUUUAUGAGCGGAGCCCAGUUAGCCUCAGACAAGAACGCCUAGUGAAAUAUGAGAUCAGAGCACAAUCCCUGGUGGACGGAAAUUGGCAGGAGUUCAGUACUAAUACACUGACCCAAAAGUUUGGACUUAUCAAAUCAACUAGCAAAAGCCAUACCUUGAAAAUCGAAACUGUGGGCAAUCCUAUCUUUGUGACUUUUGCAUUCCUUUUUCCGGUAUCAUGACCAUUUCCAGAAGAAAUGAUGGAAUUUCUACUACCACUGAUCAACAUAAAAAGCAAAGCAAACUAUUAAAGAGCUCACUCAAGUGAAAACUCCAUGUUGCUGGUUGCUAUUUGUCCCACUUUGACCUUUGCCUCCAUUCAGCUCAGUUUAAGGUGAAGAGUCCACUAGACGUAUGUUCAUUCACCAUCACCGUCUGCAAGUUGGCAGGAAGUAGUGAAUGACUCUAUUCUAUAUUAUUCCAUUCUAGGUUGGGGCAUAAAGACUUGAAAAAUGCAUUAGCCAAUGUAUUAUCAGACUGUACUUAACUCACUCUCCAUUUCUGGGUUACUGUGCAGCCAUGAAGACAUGGCAAAACAAAGUUUGUGUCUGCAUUGUAGGCACCUGAAUAAGAUAACACAACUGCAGGGGGAAGGGAAGGGAGUGAGUAGAUUGUGUUCUGUUUCAACCACAGGAAUGCAAAAAUAAGAUGAUCUGUCCUAUUUAUCACUACAUUCACUCAAAGGUAUCAGGAUGUCUUCAGACCAUCUCAUCUACUUCUUCCCCCAUUCCUACCCCCCAAAAAAUAGGAUGACCAUCUUCUCCACCUUUGUGUGGCAUUUAAUUCUGAAAAAGAAGACAUCUAUCAUGGUUGUGGAGAAUUAAUAGAUAUUAGAAAAGGACAAUGCUGAGAAUGAGAUGAUGUUACCUAAGUUUGGUAUUUUACCCUGGCUUUGGGGAAAGAGGGGAACUAUGUGAAAGGAGCCAGGAAUUGUGUGUGAUUUCCACAUCUUAUGGCAGAGUUAGAAGAUUGAUUGUAAGUAGAGAUGAGCAAAUGAGGAUCAAACAAAGAAAAGAGGGCAGAGGACAGAGGGCAGAGGGCUGGAUUUUUGAAGGGUAGGUGGAUAUGAUCUGGGAGGAAAAUUAUACUGGCUAUAAUUUGUAAAAUGAAUUAAAGGGAAAGAGGUCUUUGGAGAAGGUCAUUAUCAAAGAAAAGAUCGCAGUAGUUCAGGGCCUAAAUGAGGAUGGUUACAUAGAAGAGACAUAACGUGCUGAAAGUGUUCAAGAAGAGGCCAAAUAAUCAUCUAUCAUGGAUGAUGUUAAGGAAAUUCCUACAUUGGGUGGGAAGUUGGACCAGAUGUCCUCAAAGAUUCCAUGAUACUGUCACAUGUGGGCAGAAAGAAGCACAACUCUAUCAACGCCACACAAGGAGUUAUUGUCAAAGGCCUGCACUAUCUGGGGCCCAUCUUAGUAAAUUCUGACAGUGCUUCCAAAGCAGGAUAAAUGGUGAUCACAUGGAGAGGCAUUCAGUUCACCCACUACUUGGAGGCCGCCAUCCUCUGGCAAACACAUCUCUAAUUACAGAAGAAACUGUGCACAAAUUGUUUUAAAAAAUCCACUUCUUAGAAUUUCUUGGUGAAUGUACAUCACUCACUGUGAAGAGAUGACAAAGGUUUCCCCGUAAGCUGGUAGCGAAUGUUUAGUAACAUGUCACUAUUACUCAAAGUAAUCAAAAUGAUGAGCGCUGAGAGGAGGCUUACACAUAGUCUGCUCCUCCAGAAGAGAGAGAGAUGAUGAGUCCCUACACAUGGUAUAUGGAUCUCUAUUUCAUGGAUGUGACUUAAGUUGGUAAGACUUUGAGAAGACUUUGUUGUUUGUCUAGAAAGAGGAAAGCUCAGAAUAACUAUUUCAUAAACCUUUAGAAUUAGAAGGGAUCUUAGAGGUCAUCUAGUCCAAAUAAUCUCAUUUUAUAGUUUAGGAAACUGAGGCACAGGUUAGAUGACUUGCCUAGGAUUAUUCAGCUAAAAUAUAAUGGAAUCAGGCCUCAAACCUAAAUUUUCUGACCAGAAAUCUGAUACUCUAACUACUUUUCUCACUAAUAAUGAAAAUCCUUCAUUAAAAUUUGUUUACUCAUUUGGACCUUGUAUGUGCCUGAGUUAGUUUGUCUCUCUGGGUAUAAAUUAAAAUUUUCUUCUUAAGUUCUAAUUCUUUGAAGAAUCAAGUACAGAACUUUGUGACCUGAAGGGGACUGAGCUUGAAGAUAAAUCUAAAUAUGACUCUGGGACCUUGAGAGAUGGACUCUCCUAUCUUCAAGCAGAUAUGUUCUUUGAGAGACAGACUAGCUGAGGAUUCAGUAAGUCUUAGCAGAACUGAGUACUGUUGGACUGUUUUAUUUACAUGGUACUUAAAGUGUGCUUACUGUUUUAAAAGUUCCUCAGCAUAUGCUUCUUGUCAAUUGACUUAUAAAAAUAUAUCUAUUCAUAUAAUAUUUUUUCUGUUCUACUU